GUGUUAUUGGGCAUAUUAUGUAUGGACGGGCGUCUGUUGCACACUGUCUCAAUGUCGUGCAUACCCCCGGCAGACACCUAGAUAGGUCUCUUUUUUCUCACUCACGCUCACACGCACACGCACACGCACACACACACGUCCACAUCCACCUACCACCCCUACAUGCGUAUUACAGCGGCGUACGGUGCGGGAGAUACCAAGAUUCAUCAGACGACCAGCGAUUAAGCGCCCGGAUGAGUGAUGAGAAUGUGCCGCCACGCCAUGGCCAUGUGUAGCAUGACGUUUGGGCUUGUUCUUCGCUUACCGGGUGGGAUGAAGGGAAGUGGAGAUGUUGGAUGGGUGGUAGAUUGGUGGAUUGGUUGGUUUUAUCGACGUUUGCCGUUUUGGUGGUGAUGAUUCAAACUGGUCGUGAUUAUCCUGGAUGGGAUCCACACUUCUUGUCACCUUUCAUGGUUGUAUCGCGUAUUGCGUAUGGAUCGAUGCAAGACGUAGUAGUGUACAGUUCCCUCCAUAAUCGUACAGUGCAGUGCUGCAACAACAAUAAUGGAGGGGGGAGGAAAGAUGGUGACGACGGUAUGUAAUGAAUAUUGAGAGGGAAAAGGAAACGGGCAUGGACAUGCACUGACAUGGUAGGAGG